CCCGGCCCGGCCGCCCAGCCGCGCCGCCGCCCCGCGGCCCCGGCCGGAGGAGACAGAUCAACCAGUCCCUCGAUGGGGAGCGACGGCGGCCUACCUCUGUGUGUCACCUGCCCACCUCUCUGUAGCAAGGAAAGGAGCUUCAGCACUUCUUCAGUAAUGAUGAUGAAACUGGUAUUAACUGAAUGGCAUUUAUGGAUUUUUAACUCUAAUUCACAGUAAACCCCAAGCCAUAUGUUGAAUCCAACCAAAAAUCGUUCUAUUCUGCUGCGUGUCUCAUCCGAUUGUGAGAAGUUUCGAGAUACCUGUUUGUACAAAGAGGAAUAUAAGUAUUAUUACUUGCUGGAGGAACACACUGAAGCAGAAAGAGAAGACGUCUUAAUUUAUCCUUAAAGAUAUAUGAUAGAAUUAUUUAUAUAGGUAGAGUAAAUAUAUAUAUAUAUAUAUAUUUUUGGUGGUAAUGAAAAUGGCCCCGCAGAAUGCCGACUCGGAAUCUCUGCGAGUUCAGGAGUUGCCGGUGCCCCUGCCGGACCUGCAGAAGCCGGGGAGCGCGGAGGCGGAGACGCACGACGAGACCGUCAGCGAGGGGUCCAUAGACCGCAUCCCCGUGCGCCUGUGGGUGAUGCACGGGGCUGUGAUGUUUGGCAGGGAGUUCUGUUACGCCAUGGAGACGGCGCUGGUCACGCCGAUCCUGCUGCAGAUCGGCCUUCCGGAGCAGUACUACAGCCUCACCUGGUUCCUGAGCCCCAUCCUUGGCCUCGUCUUCACCCCCCUCAUCGGCUCCGCGAGUGACCGGUGCACCCUAAGCUGGGGCCGCCGGCGGCCUUUCAUCCUCGUGCUCUGCGUGGGCGUGCUCUUUGGAGUGGCACUUUUCCUUAACGGCUCUGCCAUCGGUCUGUCCCUCGGCGAUGUCCCCACCCGGCAGCCCAUUGGCAUCGUCCUCACGGUGCUGGGGGUGGUGGUCCUGGAUUUCAGCGCUGACGCCACCGAGGGGCCCAUCCGCGCCUACCUGCUGGACGUGGCGGACAGUGAGGAGCAGGACAUGGCCCUCAACAUCCAUGCCUUCUCUGCCGGCCUUGGCGGGGCCAUCGGCUACGUGCUGGGGGGACUGGACUGGACCCAGACCUUCUUGGGCUCCUGGUUCCGGACGCAGAACGAGGUGCUCUUCUUCUUCGCGGCCAUUGUGUUCUCGGUGUCGGUGGCCCUGCACCUGUUCAGCAUCGACGAGGAGCAGUACGGCCCCCAGCAGGAGCGCAGCGUGGAUGCGGCCGAGGCCCCGGCCCCCGGCCCCCGUGCCGGCGCCCUGGACGGCGGUGCCCUGUUCCCGGACGAGGUGCAGUCAGCGCACGAGCUGGCCCUGGACUACCUGGACGCGGGCAUCGUGCGCAGCAAGAGCGACUCGGUGCUGCACGUGCCGGACGCCGCGCUGGGCCUGGAGCCCGAGCUGCUCUUCUUGCACGACAUUGAGCCAUCCAUCUUCCACGACGCCUCCUACCCUGGCACUCCCUGCAGCACCAGCCAGGAGCUCGCCCGGGCCCGGCCGCCCCGCCUGCCCCCGCUGCUCUGCGAACCCGCCGGGGAGGACGAGACCCUGCUGGAGAACCACCUGAGCACGGCUGGGCUCCCCAACGGAGGCAGCUCCCCACCCCACGGCGGCCUCGGCGGCUGCAGCCGGGUGGACGUGAAGCCCACGGCCACGGCGGGCUCCGGGCGUCGGCGUCGGCACAUGUUCCGCCGGCAGGCCUCCAGCACCUUCUCCUACUACGGCAAGACCGGGUCCCACCGCUACCGCUACCGGCGCGCCAACGCCGUGGUCCUGAUCAAGCCCUCGCGCAGCAUGAGCGACCUGUACGACCUGCAGAAGCGGCAGCGGCAGCGCUGCCGCCGCCGCAACCAGAGCGGGGCCACCACGUCCAGCGGGGACACAGAGAGCGAGGAGGGCGAGGGCGAGACCACUGUCCGGCUGCUCUGGCUGUCCAUGCUGAAGAUGCCCCAGGAGCUGGUGCGGCUCUGCCUCUGCCACCUGCUCACCUGGUUCUCCGUCAUCGCUGAGGCCGUGUUCUACACCGACUUCAUGGGCCAGGUCAUCUUUGAGGGGGACCCCAAGGCUCCAUCCAACUCGACUGCAUGGCAGGCCUACAACGCGGGCGUGAAGAUGGGCUGCUGGGGCUUGGUCAUCUACGCGGCCACCGGUGCGACUUGCUCGGCCCUGCUACAGAAGUACCUGGACAACUACGACCUGAGCAUCAGGAUCAUCUACGUGCUGGGAACGCUGGGCUUCUCCAUCGGCACAGCCGUGAUGGCCAUGUUCGCCAACGUCUACGUGGCCAUGAUCAUGAUCAGCACCAUGGGCGUCGUCUCCAUGAGCAUCUCCUACUGCCCCUACGCCCUGCUCGGGCAGUACCACGACAUUAAGGAGUACGUUCACCACAGCCCCGGGAACUCCAAGCGUGGCUUUGGCAUAGACUGUGCCAUCCUCUCCUGCCAGGUCUAUAUCUCCCAGAUCCUGGUGGCCUCCGCCCUGGGCAGCGUGGUCGAUGCGGUCGGGACUGUGCGCGUCAUCCCUAUGGUGGCCUCUGUGGGCUCUUUCCUGGGCUUCCUGACGGCCACCUUUCUGGUCAUCUACCCAGAGGGGUCUGAAGAGGCCAAGGAAGAGCAGAAGGGCCUGUCUUCCCAGGCUCUGGGCGAAGGCGGGAGCAGCAGCAUCGAGAAGCCCACGGUCCUGAAGCUGUCCCGGAAGGAGGGCCCGCAGCGGCUCGCGGAGACCCAGUCGAUGGUCUGAGCCGCGCCCCGUGCACACACAUUCCAGGGUGGGCAGGGAGGCGGGGAGGGCGGGGGACACCGCCCCUGCAGGCUGGCUGCUGUGGCCUUAGCGGCAGCGCAAACCAGAGUGGAGGCUCGGUAGUUGUAGGGUAGCUUUGCGCCACUAGGCAAAAAUACCACGUUAAUUACUUUUCCCACAAUUAAAAAGAAUCAUUUGAAAUCUUUUUUUUUUAUUGAAAAGGAUCUUUUAAUUUCAACUUUGUCUUUUACUCUGCAGGUAUAUUAUUCUGCAUGGUUUAAAAGUAUAAACCAGAUUUACAACAUAGACCAUAAGUGAUUUAGAAAAAAAUAAGGAUUUUGCAUUUCUAAAGUUAUAAUUGAAAACAAAAAAUAUCUGAUGUAUUUUGCUAUAUCUUAUCUGAAUUCUUCAGAUAGCAGUCAUGUAGUCAGUGACUAAAACAUUUUUAUCAAAUUUUUUCCCCUGUGGAUGCCUACAGGUAUUUGGACGUUCAGUCAGAUCUCAUCACAUUUUGUUGGUGCUGCAGCUAUUGGAGAGUAUUUUUCUCUAUGAUUACUUUAGGAAAAAAAAUUUUUUUUUCUUCUUUUUUUUUUUUUUCCCCGAAACUGUGGUUUUCUUGGAAGAACAGCAUCUAUCUCCUGUUUUCCUCAGAGUCUGCCGCAUUGUGCCCGGGCAGCCCUGUUCGUGGGCGGCGGGCAACAGUAGUAGUGACACCAAAGCCAGGAGGAGGCAAGGCCCCCGGGUUCUCGUGGGGUGACCAGGGCAAUUCACAAGGGCCAAUUCCAGACCCCCCGCCCAGCAGGCUGGGAUGGGCUGCCAGCGCCGGGGUAGCCCUUGAACUAGCAGACCUGCCCCUGCCUGCGGGCCUACCUGCGUGUGGCUGCCCGUGCCCAGCCCUCCUGCCCGUCGUCCUGUCCGAAGCUCCCUGGAGAGGCUCUGAUUCUUGUGUUGCACUUUGAUUUGUCUGUAAACCAUUUGUGCGGGCAAUCACGAGGGCAGAGCUCCCGGUGUGGCUCUGCCUCUGGCGCCCCACCACCAGGCCCACACGCCGGACACUCUGCACCCUUCUGACCUCUGCGCCUGCUCACCCCGCUGGCCACUGGAAUCGGAGCCACCUCACGGUGAAGAAGUGGGUCUUGGGACGGAAGGAAGGUCCAGUCCACGGGUCAACUCGGCGCGGUGUUUCUAGUUUCAGCGGAGAACCAAACUCGGGCCCCGGGGAAGCACGGUCGUCACAUGCUGCAUCUGUUUGGAAAUGCUUUUCAAACCACACUCUCUUUAUAACUAAGCAGUUUCUGCUUUUCUUCUUUGGAACGGUCAGUCUAGGUUUACUGAUCUCAGGAGAAAGAAGGGAGGCCUCCCGCCCAUUACCCGGAUAAAGUGAGAGAGGAUUGUAAUACUUCGCUGCCUCAAGUUGAUGUUUUUUUAAAUAAAGUACUUUAAAAUGCAUGAGAAUCAUGCUGCAAUAUGAUCAUUCUAAAGCAAACAUAUAUUUCAAGAUGAAGUUAAGCAGUUUUUAAAUAAACUACUUGAAUUUCCUGUGUGUUGAAAGGAGUAGCGGUAUUUGAUGUAUUUGACCACAGCCUCUGGUCUUGCCCCGUCCGUUGCUGGUGGUACUUUGUAGGUUGUGGUUUGUGUCCAAGGAGCAGCGGUGCCUGUCCAUGUCGGACGUGUCCACAGGCCACGUGUCCUCCCUCAGAAACCCAGGAUCACAGAGAACCGACCAGAAGAUGGGAGUGUUUUCGAUGGCAUCAUAGCUGGAGCAUGACCUUGGGAAUCUCGUGCUUGGAUGGGAAAGCCCUUCCCACCACUGGAGGCCCUCUCGGUGUUCCUGAGGCCCCCACUGGCCAUCCGGUGUGUGCUUCUCAACACCCUCCCCCUCGCCUCCCGCUCCCCCCAGCCAAGCGGGUGCCCCCAGCAGGUCACUGACGUGCAGUUCAGUGGCCUUCAUAGCUUUCGGAUGGUAGGUCCUCCUGCUGUGAUUCGAUCGCAGCCUGCGUUUAGCUGCUCCUCGAGGGUUCUCCUGGCAGCUAGAAAACAGGGAGGCCGGAGAGCAUAGACUAUAUGGGGAUGGUGGCGGGGAUGGUGGGGAGAGGGCCACCCCUCGUGGGCCCACCCCUAUCCACAGCCAGCGCUCCCUUCCAGACCCAGGGCCCUCAGGGCCCGGCUGGGGUUUGAUUUAUAGGAGCAAGAGGGGCUUGUGGCGAGACCACCACCUGGAAAGCGUGUUGACCCUGGAGAUCCCAGCCUUAAAGUUGACCGUGAUCUGCACCAGCGAAGACAUCAAAGGACAUUUGUUGAAGUCACUGUUAGGACAAGAACCACCUGGAAAGUGCUUGCGAUAAAGGCCUGCAGGGAAGGGCGUGGCCGCUGCUGGCGGCUCCGGGCAGAAGCGAGUGUCCUGCCGUCGAGCUUUACAGAUUUCAAAGCCUCUGGCUGUUUGUGACCAAAGUGUGUCUUACUGUGUCGGUCUGGGAGGGCAGGUGCCUUGUGGUCUGGAUCGGGGGCAGCCAUGGAGCCGCCCCGGCCCGCAGCACUGCCCUCCAGGCCCCUCGCCUGGGAGCGAGCAGGCACCAUCCUUGCAGUGAGGUUAUUCCCAGGUCGCACUGACUUGAAGCUCUGUCGUCACCUUGUGUCUUAAGAGGAGCCGAGAGGCAGGGCGGGCGGGCUGCGUGAGCGCGGUGGUUGCCGCCCAUGGCUCAGGGGUGUGUCCUAUCGCUGUACCUCAGGGCGACGUGGGGCGACUGCCCCAGAGCGGUGCUCUGUGGCCUGCUAACUCGAAGCGUCCUCUGUCUGGUGCUCCGGCCAAGGGGACUGGUCAGGUUGUGACCAGUGGGCUGUGACAACCCCUGGGUAGGCUGGCCGGGUGGCCGAUGCUGGAGAUGACCCUGGAGUUGGCCUUGUGGGCCCCGGGGGUCUGUGGGCACCGCUCAGGGCCCGGCGUCCCUGAGCAGGGGGCUUGGCAGGGAUUUGGUUGGUCGCCGUGUCAUAUAAAUGGACUUACUACCAAAAUAGGGUAACAUAGGUCUGGUUUGCACCCCUGGUUCCCUAUAAAAGCCCGCUGAGUGGAGAAUCAAAUCGAUGCCCCAAACACGUGGCGGGGGUCUGCCCCGUGUGGGAGCGCCCCCGUGGGGAGGCUCGAGGGGCCAUCGAGGUCGGCCAGGUGGGACCUGGUCCCAAUUCUGUCGGCAGGGUCAGCACUGCGAUGUUCCCCAGGUGGCUGGAGGGCCCCUGAGGUGGGGGGACCAGCAGUGUCCCCCAGAGGGAGGCAGGGCGGCUGGCUCCAAAUGGUCCUCGGGUGUGUUUUCUUAAAGGCUCGAGUGUGUGGAGACGUAGAUCUCUGGCCCCCCAGAACCCCAAGGUGGAGCCUCUGAGAGGCUGCAGGGGCAGGAGUGGCUGGUAGAGCUUGUGGGGAAGGGCCGUCCUCUCUGUCCAGCCUUCGCCUUCCGGGCACCACAGGCCCCUGUAGCCUGAGCUGAAAAAACGCUCCGGGAGGUGCCAGCCGAUCCCUUGUGCAGCUGAGGGCACGCAGCAGCCGGUGACAGGGACAGCUGCGCAGAGCAAGGCUGUCAGACACCAGAUUCUCUGGACAUGAGCCACCUUCGAGCUGUUGGGCUUCCACCCGGGCUUCUGUCCACCUUUGGCUGCCCCGGCUGUGAGCGCAGGCACCCCUGUGAGGGGCCUCCUGGGAAGGUUGCUGCCAGAAACGGACGUGCCCGACUCUCCGUGUUCCAUCCGCAGGCAGCUGCUUCUAGGACACACCAUCCAUCUCCUGCCCGCUUCCGGGCCUGGGGCCCCAGGCCUGGGGCUGCCUGACAGGGCUAACGCGAGGGUCCACCCCCUGAGCGUUCCUGGGGCUCAGCUGUCAGCGGAGUGGUGUCGAUUCAUCGUGGCCCUUGGGCACCCGGUACGUUUGGGGGCUGUUGUCAUUACCUCCUCGUGGGGAGCUGCCCACUGCCGUCCUGGCCCCUUGGCCAGCCCAUCCUGGGGAGUGGCCGCCUCCACUGGGCCUCCACCGAGCUGAGUGCCCACCUUGCCCUCUUGCCCUACCCCGGGCUGCCAGGGGCACAGCUCCACGUGCUGUGGACCGAGACUCU